AUGGUACUCAGGAAGUGUUGGGGUAAGAACGGGGCAGGUAUUUUAGUUGACAUGGACAUAAAGGAGCUCGUGGUCGAGGUUAGGAGGAUAAACGAUAGGUUGAUGAGUAUUAAGCUUAUAGUUGGAGGGUUUACUGUAAACGUGAUUAGUGCAUAUGCUCCUCAGGAAGGUUUGGACCAGGAGGUCAAGAAGCAAUUCUGGAAGGAUUUGGAUGAGGUGGUGCGUAGUAUCCUGCACACCGAGAAGUUGUUCAUUGGUGGAGAUUUCAAUGGCCAUAUUGGGGCUAGUGCUAGGGGUUAUGAUGAUGUGCACGGCGGAUUCGGAUUUGGAGAGGUCCAAGCUAAAGUGGAAACCAAGAAAGCUUCUUAUUUGAAGCUAGUGGAGAGUACAAAUGAGGAGGAAAGAAGGACCUAUCGGGAGUGUUACAAAAAGGCAAAGAAAGAGGAAAAAUUAGUAGUUACGGUGGCUAAGAACGCGGUGUUUGCUCGUUUGUACGAGGAGAUCGGGGGCAAAGGCAGGGACAAAAAGUUGUACCGGUUGGCUAAGGUGAGGGAGAGGAAGGCCCGUGACUUAGACAAAGUCAAGUGCAUCAAGUAUGAGGAUGGAAAAGUAUUGAUGGACGAGGCUCUUAUUAGAAGAAGAUGUCAGACAUACUUCCAUAAACUAUUAAACAAGGAGGAGGAUAGAAGCAUUCUGCUGGGGGGCUUGGAGCACUCCGAUAGUCGACGGGAUUUUGGGUACUGUAGGCGGAUUAAGGUAGAGGAGGUGGAUGAGGCAAUACGUAAGAUGUGCAAGGGAGGAGCAACAGGUCCAGGCGAAAUACCGGUGGAAUUAUGGAAGAGCACGGGGCGAGCAGGCUUGGACUGGCUCACUAGGCUGUUUAAUAUUAUUUUCAGGACGAAGAAGAUGCCCGAAUAA